AUGCCCACCGCCUCCAGCAGCAAACCCAACCGAACGCGCAAAUCCUCCUCAAUAACCAGCCGCCCCUCCGCCCAACUCCACAAGACCGAAAUCACAAUCAACGUCUACGACCUCCUACCCCCCGGCAGACUCUCCUCCAUCCUCUGGACGAUCGGCGGUAGCCUGCUGCACUCGGGCGUCGUGAUCAACGGCAGAGAAUACGCAUAUGGCGGCCACAACAAAAGAGGCGUGACGGGGGUUUAUUGGACCAAACCGCGGUUAGAGCCGCCUGGUGGGACGUUCAGGGUGGAUAUCUUGCAAGGGUUCACCUUUAGGACGGAGAGGGAGAUUAAUGAGAUCAUCAAAGAGGUCUCCGAUCAAUUCCUCGGCCCUUCCUAUAACCUCCUCACGCACAACUGCAACCACUUCACCUCCGCCCUCUGCGAGAAACUCACCUCCAAACCCGCUCCCGCGUGGCUUAACCGCGCCGCGAGCAUCGGUCUGGCGCUGCCCUGCGUUGUGCCGAGGGAAUGGAUAUCGCCUCCAGAUGUCGACACUGCAGAUGGGGAGCUAUUAGAAGAGGACGAGGACUCAGAUGAACAUGCUGGGAUGCUGGAGAGUGAUCGAAGACGAAGGAGGGAAGAAGACCGAAGGCGGCAGUUGGAGAAUCUGGACGAGGAGGAGGAGGCGGAGCCGCGCGCUGCUGGUGAGAGCCUUGCUGGAGGGAAACGGAUAACAUCCACAGAUGAGCCUCCGCCGCGGUUGGUGAGUGUGAAAGAUGCUGGAGGACGGGAGUUGCCCGUUGCAGAACGAGCUCCAAUACCGAAGACAUCAGCAGCAUCAAAAUCAUGA